GUUCAUUCUAUUUUGCGUUUGUGUUAAUUGCUAUGACAACCCCUUUUCAGUUGCAAAUCACUUUUUGCUAAGUCGAUUUUCAGGUCUGUCCCUUCACGUCGAUACGAACGCCACCCAUUUUUUUCAGGUGUUAAAGAUAUAUCAGCUUGAAAUUGCGACCACUUAACGUCGACUUUUUGAGGCGACUGAACCGGAAUCAGCAUGGCUGUACGUGCAAGCUACUUCUUGUUUCUCGUCUUUAUCGCUAUCAACCUGUUCUCCGCCCUUGCUAAGGAUUUCGACAAGGAAACUUGUGGAGGAAUUUGCAUGAAAAUUCUCCGCAAAUCAGGCAAAAUCGCUAUACUCCGUUGUUCGCGUAAGGGCGGAAAGAAGCCGGAUUUCAGCAAAGCUUUUACAAUAGGAGUGGAUCAUGUGAAACAGCUUGACGUGGACGGCAAGCCAGUCGGCAAACCCAUGAACAGCCUGGCAAGCCAAGACUUCAUUUUCAAACCACUGAACAAGGAGGAUACCGUUGAUGGCAUCAAAGCUGCUAGUGUCGAGUUAGAAGCGCAUUUAAAAGAUACAAACGGGACUCUUCGAAUCAAGACCUACACAUUCUGUAACGCUGGCAACUCCUCGUUUGGGGAUGAUACAUUUGCUGUUCAGAAUGGGUCUUUGAAGGUCUUCAUUGAGCUUACAAACUUUACUUUUUGCAACGGACGCGGGGACAACUCAUCUGGUUGUAAAGACAAGCCUGGUAAAGAUAUCGAGAUUGGACUGACUGUGAGAAGCAGAAAAGGAAAGCCACCGACGAAGAGGAAAGACGACGACGAUGACAAUUAUGGGGGCAAUAAAGCUAACAAAGGUGACUAUGGAAAAGAAGGUGCUAAAGCAAAAAAAGGCGUUAAAGGCAAAGAAGGCGGUUAUGGCGAUAAAGUUGGAGACAAACUUAAGAACAAAGGACCGAGGCAGCCAUGUCAAAAGAAAAAACAUUGUGGCAUACGUUUCCGUUUUGGUGAUGACGAAAACGACGAUGACGAAAUGUCUGUUGCUCAGAAGUGCAAACGUGACGGCAAAUAUAGCAACAUGACUGGUGGUUAUCCCAAGUUCGAGAAACGAGGCAACAAAGAGAUGCUUAUCUUCCGCGCUCCCAGGUUUACCAAGUCCAUCGUUUUUGACCCAGUUACUACUUUGGGCGAUGAACUCGGUGAAGACGAUGACGACGACGACGAUGGCGAUGAUAAAGAUGAAAAGAAUCUUGCAUCGUCUAUUCAGCUCAACAGCUUCAUGUUUGUUGCUAUGGUGACCGCUGUGUUCGCGUUCAUACUUCCAUUUCAGUGCAAACGUGACGGCAAAUAUAGCAACAUGACUGGUGGUUAUCCCAAGUUCGAGAAACGAGGCAACAAAGAGAUGCUUAUCUUCCGCGCUCCCAGGUUUACCAAGUCCAUCGUUUUUGACCCAGUUACUACUUUGGGCGAUGAACUCGGUGAAGACGAUGACGACGACGACGAUGGCGAUGAUAAAGAUGAAAAGAAUCUUGCAUCGUCUAUUCAGCUCAACAGCUUCAUGUUUGUUGCUAUGGUGACCGCUGUGUUCGCGUUCAUGUGA